AUGACAAUUAGUGGUCCUAUUGAUGGUUCCUUAUCAGAAGCAAGGAGAGUCCUAGAUACUUACAUCAGUCAUCGUGCAGCAUUCAAUUUUAUGAAAGUUACACCAGAAGAAUUAUUGGACAUGAUUUUUGAACAAUUUGUCAGGAAUCGUUUUGAUAAAAAUCUCAUGAGAGAAUGGGAUAUCGAUAUUGACAGUAGUGAUGAGAAGCCAAGUUGGACUGCUUUCUGUAAAUUCAUGGAUCAACGUAUAAAAUCAUUGGCAUUCACUUAUCGAGAAGGGAAUUCUUUUUGA